ACAAAUAAUUCCUCAGCAACACCACUACUUCUGCCUGUCAUAAACUUCGCAGCCGUUCGAUACUGCGUGUAUUUCUCGCACUGCAGACCCCCUCGCUCACCGAGCUCGACAUCUGAUGUUUAGUCGGAGGUAACUGGUCUGUCGCCGCCGAACAGUGCAUCAUCUUCCUACAACGAACCACUUUCCAGCGUUUUUAAUUUCUUCGUCAUCAUGACAUCCCCGGACCAGUCUCAAGAGCGUACAUCGCAGCCUCCCCAGGUCCAGACACAAAUCUCAGCCCCUCAAGACCCAGAACACCAAGAACACCAACAACCACGCGACAGUAAAGGGUGGGAUGGAAAACUUCGGGUCGCCCCACGCCGCGCUGUGAUUACGAACCCUGAAGCGCUUUCAGACCCGGAAUACUCCGAUGAGGAUGCUCCACCUGUAGAGCAAAUUGACGCUGAUGAAGAUCUUUUGGAUGACUACGAGCCUGAUACCGAUGAGAUUGACCUUGUCCAUUGCCGCAUAUCUUCCAUUCCGGCACUUCGCCUUGAACGAUUUAAAAGCGUUCUGAGACUAUGCCUUAGACAAAACCAAAUAUCGGCGAUUGAACUUCCAGAAUCGCUGUCCGACACUUUAGAAGACCUGGAUUUAUAUGACAAUCUCAUUUCUCAUAUCAAAGGACUCGAUGGCCUCAAAAAGCUAACAAGUUUGGACUUAAGCUUUAACAAAAUCAAGCACAUCAAGCGGGUAAAUCACUUGAAAGAGCUGAAGGACUUGUACUUUGUGCAAAACAAGAUUUCAAAAAUUGAAGGUCUCGAGGGUUUGACCAAACUAAGAAACCUCGAGCUCGGCGCAAACCGUAUCAGAGAGAUCGAGAACCUCGACAGCCUGACCAGUCUUGAAGAACUUUGGCUGGGCAAGAAUAAAAUUACUGAGCUCAAGAACCUCUCAUCGCUCUCUAAUCUCAGAAUUCUCUCUAUCCAAGCCAACCGCCUGACUAGUCUGAGCGGUCUUUCGGCUCUUCCUCAGCUCGAGGAAUUAUACAUCUCUAAUAACCUUGUCACUUCUCUUGACGGCUUGUCUGCAUGUCCGUCUCUUCGCGUUCUCGACAUAUCAAGCAAUCAAAUCACGAGUUUAUCCGACGAGCUAAAGCCCCUCAAAAAUCUUGAAGAACUCUGGGCAAGUUAUAAUCAACUAUCUUCCUUUGUCGAAGUAGAAAAACAGCUUGGCGAUAAAGAAGAGCUCGAGACUGUCUACUUUGAGGGAAACCCCUUACAGACUACGAAUCCGGUCUUGUAUCGGAACAAAGUCCGCCUCGCGUUGCCGCGGAUCAGGCAGAUUGAUGCCACAUUUGUCAGGACUGAUUAAAUGAUUUAUAUGACCGAGGGACAGGUGAGAUAUCAUCGACGCCCUUCUUAUGCCCUGGCUUCGAAUGGAUGGUAGAGGUCUGGCGUUUAUUUCACGUAUUGCAUUGCUUCUACGGGCAUAUAUACGGUUGUGUUAUCUCUUUACGGCAU